AUGGGCUUCUCGAUCCCCUCGUCCCUCGCCCGCCUCUCUACCCGCUUCCGCUCCUCUUUCCACAUGUCUGCCGCCGAGCCCUCUGCUGCCGCGGCCGCUGCUGCCGCGCUGGCGUCCAGCGCUCCCGCAGGCGCCCAGAAGGCGACGAUCGCCGCCGGCUGCUUCUGGGGCGUCGAGCACGAGUAUCGCAAGCACUUUGAGGGCAAGGGCCUGUACGAUGCGCGCGUCGGCUACAUUGGCGGCGACGCUGCCAGCCCGUCGUACCGCGCCGUGUGCAGCGGCAACACGGGCCACGCCGAGGCGACCCAAAUCACCUUCGACCCGGCGCAAGUCAGCUACCGGCAGCUGCUCGAGUUCUUCUACAAGAUGCACGACCCGACCACACGCAACCAGCAGGGCAACGACCGCGGCACGCAGUACCGCAGCGGCAUCUUUUUCCACGACGCCGAGCAGGAGAAGAUUGCGCGCGAGGUGACGGCACAGGCCAACGAGCAGUGGUGGAAGGGCAAGAUUGUCACCGAAAUCCUGCCGGCGAAGCAGUGGUGGGAUGCCGAGGACUACCAUCAGCUGUACCUGGUGAACAACCCGGACGGCUACGUGUGCGCGAGCCACUACGUGCGAUCGUUUCCCGCGCUGAAGUGA